AUGACUGACGUUGUAGCACCAGAUGCUGCAGGAGGAGCAACCAAUGUAUGUCCAUGACUCCCAUCCUUGGUUCUCGAGUGUGUGUGUGUGUCUUUUUUUACUGACUUUUUUUGAUUUCUAGCCCAAUGAUCUACUCCUGCCUCCACCGCAAGUCAAAGUGGACCAGUCGGUGUCCGCGGGUGAAGCUUUGGAACCUGAAAAGGUUAAGGAGGCUGAAAAACUCAAGGAGGGGCAAGCCAAUGGCGGUGCCAACGGCACCUCACAGGAACAUCGCCGUACGCUCGAUCCAGCUCACCUGAAACACCAGACUAAUGAUGGCCGAUUGAGUUCCAAGAGCGGGCCUCCACAGCAGCAGCCACCGCCAACUCCGCAAUCCAAUGCCAAUGGCCCUCCGGCACAAUUGAAUGGCGCACCGAAUCAUCAGGCACCACCACCACCAGUGCAGAAUAACACCGCCCCGGUCCGCAAUAAUGUCGCUGCUCCAUCACACCCUUUUCCUCCUAAUCAAAAUCAUACCAAGGCUCCGGGCCCUAGCCCUGGCGCUGCUCCUGUUGCUGAUGGCAAUGGCUUUGCUCCUGCUGCUCACAGCAACAACGUUCAGCAACUACCGGUUCAAAAGAAUUUCACUCCACAAGAUGCGAAAUCUGCCCCACAAAAUAAUAAUGUCAACAAGAUUCCACCACCACAGGUGCAAAAUACCGUCCCGCAAGCAAACCACCAAAUACCUCCAGCAGCCCAGCAGCAAAGUCAGGUAGCACCACUUCAAAAUAACCACUUUCCAGCGCAAGCGCAAGCGCAACCUCCAAACAAUGGUUUCCAUAAGCAGAACGAGCUCUCGGCACAACCUUCAAAAAAAUCCUUGCCGGGCUCAGUUAGGUCCACGGGCAAGUUGCAACCCAAUGGCAUCGAGCCGAAACAGACAAAGUCUUCUCUGGAAACCAAAGUAGCUCAGGAGCCUCAAUCAAAGGAAGAAGAAACGGGUAAAGCUCGUGGUGAACACAAGCUGCUGCCAGGAUUGUUGAUCCCCAGUGAAGAUUUCGACUUGUCCAACGUCAAGACCAAGCCCCCACCAAGACCCUCGGUGGAGCCUACAUUUAGAGGCUGGAAGGAAGUUGGAGGCUACGAAGAAGAUGAUGCAUUGACGGCUGCCGACGAGACUGUCGAUUUAUUAUCCAAAGGCUCGAUUUUUGACCAAUACUUGCCCACCGUUAUGUAUGGAGACUGGUAUCACAACUCUGCUUAUUUGAUCCUCGGAGGCUUGCUCUCGUGGCUCGUGGGGUGGUUGAGAUUCUCAGUGGCUCCCUUGUUUUUCAUUAUGGUUGUGUUUGCCCUUUUAUACCGUGCCUCCGUCAAGAAAUACAGAGGCCUCUUGAGAGAACAGGCCCAGCGUGAAUUUUCAGUUAAGCGCAUCGAAGACGAUUACGAGACUAUGGACUGGUGCAACUAUUUUUUGGAGAAAUUCUGGUAUUUUUUGGAACCAUCCAUUUCACAAAUUGUGUGUGACCAAGCUAACCCAAUCUUGGCUGGGUUGCCGAUCCCAGCAUUUGUCACUUCGGCCUGGCUCGAUAGUUUCACCUUGGGUACAAAGCCGCCAAGAAUCGAUAAAGUCAAGACUUUGAUUGGCACUGCCGAUGACGUUGUGGUUAUGGACUGGGGUUUUUCAUUCACACCCAAUGCCAAUGUCGAUGCCAACAAUAAGCAAUUGAAAAACAACGUUAAUGAGUGCAUUGUUGUCAAAGUUUCAUUAUUUGGUAUCACCAUCCCCGUGGCCAUUGACGAUGUUGCGUUUAGCGGCAUUGCCAGAAUCAGAUUGAGAAUGAUGUCGUCAUUCCCACACAUCGAAACAGUCAAUGUCUCAAUGUUGGAGCCACCAAAGUUUGAUUUCAACACCAAGCUCUUGGGCGAGGCUUCUUGGUGGUGGGAAGUAUUGGCUAUCCCAGGUUUAUACCCCGUUAUAAACGAAUUGGUUAAAAAAUAUGUUGGUCCAAUUGUUUUCAACCCCAUGUCGUUCCAAUUGAAUGUCCAGCAAUUGUUGGCGGGUAACGCAUUGGACUCGGCCGUUGGUGUCUUGUGCAUUAAUGCCAACUCAGCUCGUGGCUUGAGGGGCUUCAAGACCAUUGGCAACACCUUGGAUCCAUACUUGACUUUUGGCUUUAGAGACAAGGUGUUGGCCAAGACCAAGACUAUUAGCAACACCAGUGCACCACAAUGGAAGGAAACGGUUUACAUUCCCGUUUCAUCAUUAUCGGAGCCAUUGAAUAUCACCGUUGUUGACUACAACGAUUUUAGAAAAGAUAGACAAGUUGGUGCUGUUCAGUUUGAUUUGGAAUCGUUUGUCGAGUCACCUGACCAGCCCAACUUGACUGCUGCCUUUUUGAGAAACAAUAAGCCAGUGGGAGAAUUGAGCUUUGGAAUGAAGUACAUGCCCGUGUUGAUGCCUGUUAAGCAAGCUGACGGUGCCACUCAGCCACCACCUGACUUGAACACCGGUGUUGCUCGUAUUGAAAUUGCCGAAGCAAGACACUUGAAAGGUGGCGAUAAGGGUGCCUCGACUAGUGCCGAGUUGGUGUUGGACAAUAAGUCGAUUCUCAAAACACCAGUUCAAAAGAAUACUAACACUCCUGGCUGGGGUGCUUCUACUGAAAGAAUUGUGUUUAACCGUGCCAAAGCCAAGGUCAAGGUUAUCAUUAAGGAUGCCAACGGUAAGACGCUUGGACAAAUUGUUCGUAGUUUGAACGAGUUGAUUGACUCGACUCAAGUUGAUCUGACUUGGUUCCCCUUGAGCAGCGGAGGAGAGGUUCGAAUCACCACCAAUUGGAAGUCUGUCGAGAUGGAAGGUGCAAGUGGUGCAGGUGGUUACACCCCUCCAAUUGGUGUUGUCAGGGUUGGCAUUGAACAUGCUGAAGAUUUGCGUAAUUUGGAAACGAUUGGUAAAGUAGACCCCUAUGCGAGAUUAUUGGUGAAUGGGUUUGAGCGAGUUCGAACUGCUGCGGUGGAGUCGUCAUUGAACCCCACUUGGAAUGAGAUUCACUAUGUCAGUGUCUCUUCGCCAAAUCAGAAAUUAACCAUAGAAGUGAUGGACGUCGAGUCCCACUCUGCUGAUAGGACAUUGGGCUCGUUUGACGUCAAGUUGAAUGAGUUUAUCCAAAAGGACGAGUUGGGAGAAUACAUUGAACAUGUGGACAAGAAGGAAAGAACUGGUAAAUUGAUUCACAAGAAAGGACCAAAAGGUUCGGUUACUUACACGAUAUCAUUUUAUCCAGCAUUGCCCGUGAUGACUGAACAAGACUACAAGGACGAAGCUGAGCAAAAGGAGAAACUCGCAAAUGACAAGAAGAAGUUGGAGCAGGACGAAAAAGAAGCAGCCAACCACAAGGUCAAGAAGAAUGAGGCGGGGCAAGAAAUCAAGAAGGAAAACGAGGACCAAGAAGAGGUUGACGAUGACGAGCUCGACGACGGUGAUGACUAUAGCCGGAAAUUGAGAUUGAGCAUUGACGAAUUGAUUGAGUACAAGAGUGGAAUAUUGGUGUUUGAAAUCAUCGAGGCCAACAUUAGCAAAACGGACACGUAUUUGCAAGUCUACUCGUCGAAUCAAGGAUACCCCGAUUUCAUGACCAGAAAGCUCAAGAAAAAAUCGAGUGUGAUUGAGAUUACGGGCGACUCCACCAUCACCCAAUUGGAAUGGGCAGAGACCUGUUUCAGGUUAGUGAAGGCGCAAGACGACAACAGAGUCGACAAGUGCGUUGCCGAAUGCACAAUCCCCACGUUGCAGUUGCUCAAGAAUGGAAGCAAAAACCCCAUGCCCGUGGAGUUGGGUCUGGGAAACACGUUCAAGAUUUUAUUCUCGUGGAUCCCCUUGAUUUACAAAUCGGGUAUCCCACCACAGGACUCGAUUGACAACUCCGGUAUCCUCAACGUCGAAGUGCUCAGCGCCAAAGGCUUGCCAUCGUCGGACAGAAACGGCAAAUCCGACCCUUACAUGAAGGUGUUUCUCAACAGCGAAAAAGACCCAUUCACAAAGACCAAAGUCGUUAAAAAGACGCUUGACCCUACAUGGAACCACAAGGAUACCGUUGAAGUUGCCAACAAGUAUGACUCGGUGUUGCGAUUCGAGAGUUGGGACUGGGACAUGGCCAACCCCGACGACUUCUUGGGUGAAGGCUUUGUCGAGCUCAGUGCGUACGACAUGAAGGAGGGCGCUGUGGAAAUCGAGAUUCCGCUACAAGGCGAGCAGGGCGAGCCCGCGGGAACCGCAUACGCGAAAUUAUCAUUCAGACCAGAGUUUGUGCUAAGCGUCAAACCAAAGGGUUCGUCGACUAUUGGAGGCGUGAGCACUGUCGGUAAAGGUGUCGGUAAAGGUGUCGGAACCGUUGGCAAAGGUGUCGGUAAGGGACUCGGCGGCGUCGGAAAGGGCGUCGGUAAGGGACUCGGAGGUGGGAUCAAGGGAAUCAAGAAGGGAUUACAUAUAGGAUCAUAG